UGGAAUUCCGGUAAAUUAGUAAAAAGAGUAAAAAGAGCGUUCAUUGAGAAAGCAGCUUGGAGUUGCUCGAAGUAGCUUUGACAGUUAUUUGUUGACAAAAAAUACGAGCUAGUACAACCAACCCCGAGCAAGUUCGAUCAAAGUCAUUGAACACAGCUAUUGUGAGUGAAUGUAACAAGGAUUCGGUAAUCGUCCAGCGCGAUUUUAAAACUUUUAUUUUUCCGGUUCGAUUGCGCGUUACAUUCAGCCAAAAUGCAACUGCUGAAAACCCCCCGGUGGUUAUUUGGUGCACGAGCAUCGUUUAGUUCCAAGUCGAAAUUCGUACCAGCUCACGAACCCGCCUUGGAAAGUGAUCUUCAUCGGCUGGAGAAAUUUCUCGAGGAUAAACCACACAUUCUGGUGCUGACCGGAGCCGGGAUCUCUACGGAGUCAGGUAUACCAGAUUACCGAUCGGAAGGUGUUGGCCUGUACGCCCGGUCCAAUCAUAAGCCGAUUCAGCAUGGAGAUUUCAUCAAGUUUGAAUCCGUACGCAAACGCUAUUGGGCGCGAAACUACGUGGGCUGGCCUAGGUUUUCCGCAAUUGCUCCUAACGUGACGCAUUACACAUUGGCGAGGUUAGAACGGGAACAACGCAUAUCGGGUAUUGUGACCCAGAACGUCGAUAAGCUUCACACGAAGGCAGGCUCCAUGAGUGUCGUUGAGCUUCAUGGCAGUGGUUAUAACGUAAUCUGUGUAGGCAAAACGGGGAAAGGAUGCGAUUAUCAUAUCCCUAGGCACGAAUUCCAAAACAUAUUAGAUCAGAUGAAUCCUCACAUGGAGGACAUGUCAACGGUGAUGCGGCCGGAUGGAGACGUAGAGCUGCCUCAGGAGUACGUAGAAAACUUCAAAAUACCUCCCUGCCCGGAGUGCGGAGGUGCCCUGAAACCGGAAAUUGUAUUCUUCGGUGACAAUGUUCCGAUGCCACGAAUCGAGCGAGUUGUGCGGAUGAUAAUCGAGUCGGAUGGCGUUUUGGUGCUCGGUUCUAGUCUUACCGUUUUCUCCGGCUAUCGGAUCGUGCUUCAAGCGAAAGAGCUGGGGCUACCUGUGGCAAUAGUUAAUAUAGGAGAUACGCGUGGCGAUCCGAAAGCUGAUCUGAAAAUUUCUGCCAGAUGCGGAGAACUUAUGCAGAAUUUGUUCAAAAAGUGAAACGUUGGAUUGCAGUUGCAGAUACUCAAGCUAUGAUUUUGAGGUAGAUUACUACCAAAAAGGUUUGUUUUGUAAUUAAAGAGACAGCGAAGCACGCAAAAAAAGCAAAUUAUACUAAAUGACAUCAGUAUAACUGAAAUAUGUGUAAAUAUAAUAGGGAAAUUACAAAAUCUUUUAAACAAAUAAAGACAGAAUGUUUGAGAAUGUUUUAAACCA